AUGCCUAGCCCGAUUGUAGGGACAUGGGUGAGUUCAAUGUUUGUGAUAAAUGCUGUCUGUGGCUGUUUGUAAGGCUUCACAAACACUUUAUAUUCUAGAAAAAGAUGACUAAGUGUGUCUAGAAAUGCUUCCCUCUAAUCUGGAAGUAUUCCCCUCUAAUCUAUGGGAUCUGGGAUGCUUUGUAUUCACUUGGGCUAUAUACACACUCUACCUCUGAAGAAUAUCUGAUGCUCAUUCUUUCCUGUAGAGAAUCUUGGGCACUGUGGUAAAAUUCUCAGCAACUUUUAACAAAUCACAGUGCCCAGAAUUAAUUGAGGGAGAUAAUGGGCUUUGGAGGUAUAGUCAGUGCAAAGCUUUCCAAACUGUGUCUUAUGACACAUUAUGUGUGUCGGCUGCAGUGUGUAGGUGUGUCACACAAAUGCUCUUAUAAGGGGUUAGUUUAACCUCCGGCUUGCUAGUAAAACUGAAUUACUGUGCCGCGAAAUGAUGCAUGUCUAAAAAGUGUGUGACCGUCAUGGAAAGUUUGGAAAGCUCCAGUAUAGUGUGUACUGAGCCUUAGUGAAAAGAUAAAUGCAUUCUGCCCUGGCUCAAGUGUUCCCUCAUUUUUGUCCUUACUUCACAUGUUCCAGGCCUGAGCCUUGGCAAGCCUUGGUGCAAAUUAAGCCCUGCACAUGAAUGGAAGGUUAUUAAAUAAGGGGUUGAACCAUAAAGAAGUCUAUGGGAUGAAAUUAAGGGGGUUGGCUGAGGUCAGGUUAACCCUGCAAAAAAUCAAUUCCGAUCUGUAUGGGAGGGAUGGUUUCUACUCAAUGUCCCCAUUUCCUCAGAAAUGACACUCUAAUGAUGGGAGAUUUUGUACAGCAGGAUGGGUGCAUGGUAUGUUUAGACUCUAUAAUAGGACAGAAAUGCUUGACUCAGAUCCCGCCAGUUGUUUCUGAACAGGGCCAGCACGAACCAGUGAGGUACUCUGGAUGACUCCAACUCCCUUCUCCCCACUUGCUCCCCACUGGUCCACUACUUUUGCCACAAGAAAAGGGUUAGGGAGCAAGGCCUAUGGUUGCCUGGCAACCGUAGCAUCCCAGACAGGAAACAGGAGUGGCCUUAGGCAUAUUGAUGCUAGGCCAAAUAUAAAAAUGGAAAUUUCGCUCCUCCGUUAGAUACAUCCUGUAAUCUUGAGUGUUGCCUUAUGAGCUGCAAAAUUCCACAUUGAUUUUUCCAUUAUUUUAGCAGCAAUGGCAGCUUUUCCCUUGCUGGGAACUUAGGCUGUGUACACACCACACCUUUAAAUCACAGUCAAAGCACAUUUCCCCCUCAAAGAAUUCUGGGCGCUGUAGAUGUAACUCAGUGUGGGGUAAACUACUGUGAGGAGUAUGCUCUACUCUCCAUCAGCUCUUGGAGACAGUCUUUGGCCUUAUGUAUGAAUAUCAAGUAGUUAAAAAUUCACCCACACCUCAAAUCUUUACCUCUUGCAUCCUGACUUCUUAGUCUUCCUUUUGCAUCUGAUCUCCUAUUCUUCACUCUUUACCAGUCAUGAGCAGCAGAAAUACACAUACCACACACCAAACGAGAGGCAUAGCCAUCUGCUGCCAGUGUUUUUUUUUCUAAUGCUGAUUUAAACUCACCUACUUAAACCCACAUUUCCUUGCCCUUUUCUUGAUAGAUAAGAUGAACAAACAUUCUCCCUUUUCGUUUAGCAGCAUUCUAAUGUAUGAAAACCUUCCAAAUCUUUCCUCCCCCAACUCUUUCUUUAACAUUUAAGCGUUUUACCUCAGUGAUACUAAAGUACUUGACAUUUUAAACAAUGUACAACAUUAGUAUAAUAAUAAUAAUGGAAAUGGUUAAAAAUAAAACGGUGAGAGAGAGAAAGGAGGGGGAAGCCUGGGUAGUAAAUCUCCCUUGAUGCAUUAAUCUCAUUAAGGUUCAAUAAAUUUAAUUUGAUAUAUAGUCUCAAAGCACUCCCAGCAAUGCAUGUGGAUUUAUAUUUUCCUGUACCUUAUUCCCCCAAUAUACAAUAAAAAUGAUAACAUUGUUAACAAAAGAAUCAUAAUCUUGUCUUUCCCCUCUCAGUCAGAUCAUACUAGUCUGUUUAACCAUGCAGGCUACAAUUCAUACUUUGUUUAGCCAAACAUGCAAUCAGGCAUUCUUCCGAUUAUAGGGAAUAAAAAAAAGGAAUAGUGAUCUGUCUGAGUGGCAUCACAGUCUUAAGCAAGUCAAUAUACCAUAUUUUUUGCUCCAUAAGACACAGAUUCAGGCUACCCUGAAUCUUUUAUUUUGCUGAAUAAACGCCAUAAAUAUAUUUUGCCAGGUAUUUAUAAUUUAGGGAAGUACUCUAAUUGGAAAAUUCAGAAACAAAAAUAAAUUUUUGGGUAAAAUUUUAGAAAUGUUAAUUCCCCUAAACAAUAUGUUUUCAACAGCAACCAGUUUUUAGUAUAUCUUUGACUUUAAACACCAGCUUGUCAUGAUUGUAUUCAAAUACAUUAUUUAGGUCUUAUGAUAUAUGCCAUAAUAUAUAACUGGAGAAUCUUACCCAGCCACUCAGAUUUAGUACAGUUUAUGUUAUAUCCAGAAACUUUGCUAAACUUGUCCUUUACAUCAAGUAGCAGACUAAUUAUAUUUUCCAGACCUUUAACAUAUAAGACCACAUCACCUGCGUACAAGCUAAUUUCAAAAUCUUCCUAGGCAGCUUUAACACCUGUUAUCAUCUGGUUAGAUCUAAUAAUUUCUGCUAGAGGUUCAACAGAUAAUGCAAACAAAAGCAGGGACAGAGGGCAACCCUGCCUUGCUUGUCUCUUUAAACAAAACCUUCAAAAUGUUUUCUCCCCCCUGUUUUCUUUCUUCCUUUCUGCAAGGUAAUAUAUACCUUUCCUACAGUUUUUCCCAUAACAGCACUCUCUGUGGGUAGCACGGCCAGGAAUCUAUCGCAUGAGACACAUUGCUGAGAUAUAGGCAUCAAAGCCUACCAACCAAGGUGGAUAAAAGAUGGAAUUGUACUUUUAUUUUAUAGCGGUGAGAAACUGUGACCUCAAAAAUACUGCAGAGGCCUGACAAUGUGUGCAGAAAAGUGGUCUUUAUUUGUCUACUGCUGUUGCAACACAACACAAACCAAUUUAGAACAGCUCCUCUACUUUUUGCCGUAACCAGGGCAGUUAGUUCUACAAUCUCAGGCUACAACACAAAAUACUGAGACUCUUUUAAAAAAAUAUUGUCAGUUUACUGGGCCACAAAGAGAGGUUUGGAUACGUGCAGGCAAUGCCUGAUGAAAACUCAAGAGUGGAGCUGAACAUUAUUUUUGACUGUCGGGGACUGAAGCUUCCAUUGGUGCUGUCAGAGUAGGAUUUUGGGGCAGAUGUCCAGGGUUCCCAUUUUAUAUCCUGAAACUUUGCUAAACUUGUCCUUUACAUCAAGUAGCAGACUAAUUAUGUUUUCCUCAAAGGCCCUCAAAGGCAGCUGGCUCACCACAGUUGGAAGUUAGUGAAGUAAUUUAGGUAAAUUAAGGUAAAGGACCCCUGGGCAGUUAAGUCCAGUCAAAGGCGACUAUGGGGUUGCGGCGCUCAUCUCGCUUUCAGGCCGAGGGAGUCAGCAUUUGUCCACAGACAGCAUUCCGGGUCAUGUGGCCAGCAGGACUAAAUCGCUUCUGGCACAACGGGACACCGUGACGGAAACCAGAGCGCAUGGAAAUGCCAUUUACCUUCCCGCCAGAGCGGUACCUAUUUAUCUACUUGCACUGGUGUGCUUUCAAACUGCUAGGUUGGCAGGAACUGGGACAGAGCAACGGGAGCUCACUCUGUCGCGGCGAUUCGAACCGCUGACCUUCUGAUUGGCAAGCCCAAGAGGCUCAGUGGUUUAGACCACAGCUCCACCCAUGUCCCUAGUGAAGUAACAUACAUUGUCCCUAAACAGGGAGAGACCCUGCAAGGUCCAGAGUCCAGAUGUCUGGAGACAACAGUUACCUAAACAUACCACUAGAAGCCUCAGUACGCUUUUACCUCUUCGCCCUUCAACCUACCUACAGAUAUUCCGAUUGUCUCUCUUUAUCAGGGAAAGCACCUUUUCCUGAUCCCUCUCUCUGCUAAACCACCACCCUUAUUUUCGUAUUUGGGAGAUUGCCUUGUUUGAAUUUGAAUAUGGGAUUUAAAUAUGGGGUUCAGCUCCUUCCAUGGGCAAGUUAAAGUUUUAAAUGGGCAGAUGCAACUUGUGUCCAAGGGACAUAGACAUGCAUUUCACACCCUGUACCUGCUGAGAUUUACAGUACAGUGGUACUUCUGGUUACGUACUUAAUUCAUUCCAGAGGUCCGUUCUUAACCUGAAACUGUUCUUAACCUGAAGCACCACUUUAGCUAAUGGGGCCUCCUGAUGCCGCUGCGCGAUUUCUGUUCUCAUUCUGAGGUAAAGUUGUUAACCCGAGGUACUAUUUCUGGGUUAGCAGAGUCUGUAACCUGAAGCGUAUGUAACCCGAGGUACCACUGUAUUUUGAACAGUUGGUAAACAAAUUUGUAGGAUAAUUAUAUUUUGCAGGCGUCUCUUUAACUAGAAGAAUCAUUGCCCUCUUGACUUUUCAAUCAUUGCGGGGCAGGCUAAUGCAGAGAAAAUUAAUAAUAGUGCAGAGUAAAUUAAUAUAGUGCAUGGGCAAUGAAAAGACUUUAAUUAUACAUAAUACUGAGGGGCUGCCUCAUUAAGUGAUCCUUGGUUUGAAAAUGGGAGUGUUCUGGUAAGAACACCACUAUGGCUCUCAGUGCUGGAAGCUACAACGGUAAAGAAAAAUAAUAGGAUAGAAGGGUGGACAACUUGAAGAAACUUAAUAAAACAAGAGGGAGGAGAGUACAAAUUUAAAGAAUUUAAGGAAUUAUCAGGGAAAUUAACUACAUGGUUAAAAUAUUAUUUGAAUGAAGUAUUUAAGAAAGAUAGGAUACGAGGGUUUGGGGAACAAAUGUCACAACUGGAGAGAGACCUGUUGGGAUGUAAUGUAAAAAAAGUGUUGUCUUGAGGAAUGAUGAGAUAGAAUCCACUUGCCCCCAGCAGCCCCUGCCCCGAUGGUGAUCAGAAAAUGUCUGCCUGAGGGAAAAGUGUAGAAAUCAGCUCAGCAGUUAGAAAAUAGAAUCUACUUGACUCAGCAGUCCAACACCCAAAAGGUACCCUAUGAGCAGAAAAUGUCUCCAGAACCAUCCCCCCACAACCCCCACUUUCGAGUUUGCCACAAAAUGCUGUGUAAACUGGCUGGUCAAGAAAGUCAGUCACAAGGAGAUGAGCUACCGGUAACUGUCCGUGUUAUGUACUGAAGUUCUCACCCUGGGCCAGCAGGGGGACACUGUAGAUAGUUUUCACUCAGGUCCACAUAUGCGAAUAUCGGAUUGAAAGUGACGUUCAGUGAUUGGAUAGUUACAGAAAGUGGUUACUGUUGCAUUGUAGUGGAGCUCUAUAUAAGCAGGCUGGCUGAACCCUUCAGUUCUGUUCUGUUCUGGCCUGUGAAUAAACAAGAGCUGUAUAAAGAAUCGCUGUGUCGUCUGAUAUGUUCACCCACAACUUAACAGUCUGGUGUCUGUUUUUAAACUUGCAUAGGUCAGCUGAAUAUGGGCAAAAAACCAGCACAGACUGGCAGUUGCAGACAGGACAGGAGGGGAGCGGGGAAGCGGCUAGAAGAGUUCUGUUUUUGCCUGCUAUUGUAAUGUCUCCCAAAAACAGGAAUUGUUGAGACAGACUCCCAGAAAGAGGAACUGCUUAGGAAAGGACUUUUGUAUUGCUUGUUUGCAAAACAAUGUAAUCUCGCUCUGCACAUGCUCUUGUACCCGUGUCUGGAAGUUGUUUGUGACACACUGUAAAGGUAAAGGUAAAGGUAAAGGGACCCCUGACCAUCAGGUCCAGUUGUGACCGACUCUGGGGUUGCGGCGCUCAUCUCGCUUUAUUGGCCGAGGGAGCCAACAGACAGCUUCUGGGUCAUGUGGCCAACAUGACUAAGCCGCUUCUGGCAAACCAGAGCAGCACACGGAAACACCAUUUACCUUCCCACCGGAGCGGUACCUAUUUAUCUACUUGCACUUUGACGUGCUUUCGAACUGCUAGGUUGGCAGGAGCAGGGACCGAGCAACGGGAGCUCACCCUGUUGCGCGGAUUUGAACCGCUGACCUUCUGAUCGGCAAGCCCGAGGCUCUGUGGUUUAACCCACAGUGCCACCCGUGUCCCGACACACUAUAAAAGUGAGCCCCAAAUAGUAAUCGGGGCUCAGCCUUUGAGAACGAUCUCACUGACCUUCCUUGAAGAACCCGGAGCCUGUCGUUAUUGACUAGGACAAAUUCUGCAACAGUCUAAAAUGUAUAAAAUAUUAUUGGAAUGGGAGACAGAGAAUGAGCAAGUAAAAUCCUCAGUGAUACACUGGGCCAUAGAUAUGGGUCAUAAUAUAGACAUGGCAGCAUGGGAACGAUGGUGGAACGUGGAUAUAAAAUUUACAGCAUGUUAUGGUUUAAGAGAAAAUUAUAUGAAAAUGAUGUAUCAUUGGUAUCUAACACCGAGUAAACUGGCAAAAAUGUACAAAUCUAAAUCAAACAAGUGUUGGAAAUGUAAAGAGAAAUAAGGUUCUUUUUAUCAUAUGUGGUGGUCUUGUAGUAAUGAUAUAUAAUGAAUUGAAAAGGAUGUUUAAAAUAACCUUUGUAAAAAAACAACAACCAGAAGCUUUUCUUUUGGGCAUUAUAGGGACAGAACUACCUAAAUUGUAUAGAAAUUUAUUUAUGUAUGCUACCACAGCAGCAAGAAUGCUACUUGUAACUGGUCCCAAAAUGGAAAGAAGCAGAAGUCCCAGCAAAGGAAGAAUGGAUGCAAAAACUUAUGGAAUAUGCACAAAUGGCGAAACAUACCAGAAGAAUAAGAAAUCAAGAUAACAAACUUUUUUUUAAUAAAAGAAACGAAAUGGUUUAUUGAAUAUUUACAGAAAAAUGGCAAACAGAUAAAAACAUUGGCAGGAUUAUUGUAAUAACCUGCAGUUUCAUAAGAGUAUAUAUUUAAAGUAGAUAAUUAAAUGAGCAAAUCAAAUGAAUUUGGAUCUGCAGAAGAUAUUAAAAAAUAAAUUUAAGGAACCGCAGAAAGAGGGGGAAGGAAGUCAAGCUUUGAAAUGUUAAAAUGAUUGUAAAAUUAAUGAGAUGUAUAAACCUGGAAAGUAUAAAUAAAAAUUAAAAAAUAAAAUACAGUGGUACCUCGCAAGACGAAUGCCUCGCAAGACGAAAAAUGCGCAAGACGAAAGAGUUAUCCGUUUUUUGAGUCGUUCCGCAAGACGAAUUUCCCUAUGGGCUUGCUUCGCAAGACGAAACGUCUUGCGAGUUCUUGCGAGUUUGUUUCCUUUUUCUUAAUGCCGCUAAGCCGUUAAUAGCUGCUAAGCCGCUAAUAGCCGUGCUUCGCAAGACGAAAAAACCGCAAGACGAAGAAACUCGCGGAACGGAUUAAUUUCGUCUUGCGAGGCACCACUGUAAAAUGGGAAUGUUAUAUCCCUCGUUUUGAUGGUAAAAUGUUGGCGGAUAUGUAAGUAGCAGCUGUGGCGGCUAGCCCUAACUCCUCCCAUAUCUGCUAUAGUGACUGUGCUGGACAACAGACAACAAUGGUUAUAGAUUCCAGCUUCUUGGCACAGAAUGCUUACUUUAGUGCAGUGUUCUGAUUGAUUGGUUUUUAAUGCAGAGUACAGUGGUACCUUGGUUUUCAAACGCCUUCGUACUCAAGCAACUUGGAACCCAAACACUGCAAACCCGGAAGUAAGUGUUCCAGUUUGCAAACUCUUUUCGGAAGCCAAACGUGCUCCGUUUUGAGUGCCACGCUUCCGUUUUGAGUGUUACGCCGAGGUCUUUGCUAUUUAUUUUGCGUUUUUGUUUUUGCGGCUUUUUCGUUGUGUUCUUGUGACUAUGUGGAACCCAGUUCAGCUACUGACUGACUGACUGUGUGACUGCAGUACAUUGUUUAUUGAUUUCAUUUUAUGGAUCAGCGGUCUCGUCAGAUAGUAAAAUCCAUGUUAAGUUGGUGUUUUAGGGGUUGUUUUUAAAAGUCUGGAACGGAUGAAUCCAUUUUGCAUUACUUUCCAUGGGAAAGCGCGCCUUGGUUUUGGAACGCUUUGGUUUUGGAACGGACUUCUGGAACGGAUUAAGUUUGAGAACCAAGGAACCACUGUAUACUCAGUGUCCCAGAUAGCUCUUUUGUUGUAAAGACUGGUGUAGAUUAUGGCUUUCCAGUCCCACAUUGAUGGCUGGAUGAUGUUGCACACAACCAAAAAUACCUUUUCAGGCAGAAUGCUGUUUCGGUGAGGGCAAGAGGGCAGCCUGGAAGUGGGGCGCAGCUGGGCAUUCUCUACCAGCCAUGUAGACUGGCGCAGAUCAGCUCAAAUUGAAGCUCCCCUUAUGUCUGGUCCGUGGUGAUCAAGACUGUCGAAACAUGACUCUCAGCCCUCCCAAACGAAGCUCUCUUGACAAGUCCUUGGCUGGCGUAACGUGGCCAAGAGAUCCCCCGUGGGAAGCUGGCCUGCAUCAUCGGAGACUCGCCUGUCUGCUUCUUGCCCUCGCCCGAAGAGCCUCUUUUCUUGUCGGUAAUAAGAAUAAUGACAAACCCCUGCGAGAUCCUUUCGUAGUUGUCAGAGGCAAAGUGUGACCUUCCCGUGGCCCCUAUCAAGCUCACCAGCGAGUUUGGAGAGGCGACUGGAUUAUGUUGCUCAAUUGCUAAUUAGGGUCUCCUUGUUGCCUCUCUUGCUCCAGCACGCCAACGGUUUCUAUGGCAACUACAGAAGCAGAUGCAGGAGCGACUUCACCCAGGAGUACCGCAAAGCAGCCCAGCCGCAACCUCCUGAACUCUUCCUGAAAAGAAUGAAGGUGAGUGACGGGUCAGCUCCUUCGACAGGCUCCCACUGGGAAGAAGGCAAAUGAAAGCCUUCAUCCUUACCAGACCUCCUAUCUGGUUGUUAAUAGGGACAAAUGGAAUGAAAGGGCCGUAUGGGCGUGCUGUGACUAAUCUCAAUUUGCACAGAGGAAGGCAUGAAACGUACUGGAAGUAGGCCUCAGUGCAUUGCCGUGGUUAAGAUCUGGGAGAGAAAGUUCUCAUCUCAAGUUCAGGUAUUUAACUCUUUGACCACAAAUCUUCAGGCUUUUCAUACCUGAGACCCACCUUCAACCUGUGGCUACCCUUUUUUAAAAAAAUAAUAAUUUUAAAAAACCUAUUUAUUUUCCAACUGUACACAGCAUUCCAAAUGCGGUCACGCCAUGUAGCAGCAUUACAAUAUUGGCAGUUUUAUUUUCUCAACAGCCCAUCUGGCUGUUAAGCAGGAAGUUGGUGGUUCAAGCCCACCCAGGGAUGGCUGUGGGCAGGAUCCGUGCAUUGCAGGGGGUUGGACUAAAUGACCCUCAGGGUCCAUUCUGUUGUAAACAAAAUCUGCCCUUCUUCCCUUAUGGGGUAUCCAAGAGCCCAUACAGAGUCCUUAAGUGGGUUCCCGAUCCGUAGGAGAAAAUAACAGAGGCCAACCAGAGAAUAUUGAGAAGCAAAGCAGAUAGUAAGCCUGAUUUUUAUUAAAGCUGUUGCAACAGGGUGCUCCCCUCACACGCAGGAGAACAGAGGAGGACCCAGAAAAAAGGGGUGCCUGCCCUUAUAUAGACAUUUUAAAUUCCCUGCCCUGGAGCUCAAGACCACCCCUCCAUACAUCAUACAUACAUCACAGAAGGGGUGUAACCCAAGACCACACCCCACAAACAUCAUACCUACAUCACAGAAAAAGCAGUCUGCAACAGAAAUUUGAAUGUUGUUGUUUUUCCUGUCUGCCAGGUUAUCUGAUAAUGCCUUAUCUGAUUGCCUUUAUUGGUAGUCUGGCCAUUCCUUUGAGAUGGUGAUUACCCAAUUCCUGAGACAAUGGGAAGGUUCCUCCCCCCUCCCCCUUGCAGAGAAAACAUUUGGUCAGUUUGGGAGUCAAAAUGGUUUCAGGACGGUCUUCCUGUGCUGCUCCAGACAUGUGGCCCACAUAUCUAUGUACAGUGGUACCUUGGGUUAAGUACUUAAUUUGUUCCGGAGGUCCGUUCUUAACCUGAAACUGUUCUUAACCUAAAGCACCACUUUAGCUAAUGGGGCCUCCUGCUGCCGCCGCGCCGCCGGAGCCCGAUUUCUGUUCUUAUCCUGAAGCAAAGUUCUUAACUUGAGGUACUAUUUCUGGGUUAGCGGAGUCUGUAACCUGAAGCGUAUGUAACCUGAAGCGUAUGUAACCCGAGGUACCACUGUACGUGCUUGGCUGGCACAUUUAUGAACAUUUAUUAUAUAUAUAAGACCUUAAAUUUUUAUUUACACUUCCAGCUAUACGAUUCUAUGAUAUUCAGUUCCCUUCCUAGUGAUCGCUACCAUGGAAUGUGCCUUUUCCUCCACACACUGAGUCAAGAUCUUCCUGCAUCACAACCCCAAGGUCUCAUUUCUGAUCAGUCAACUCAUGAGUGUAUACUGUAUAUGAACAUGCUUCACUUUUACACUCGUUUACACUGGAUUGCAUUUGCCAUUUUACCACCCAGUUUAGAAAGGAGCUUGUCCCAAACUGCCGAUUUUAUCCCAUUUGACCCUUCGCUGACGUGGAAUUAAUUUGAGCUAGAACAGCAGGCAGGCUCCUGAAUCCCUGGUGCUUGAUUUUUCUGCAUAGUGUUGCAAGAAUAUGUCUUCCUGUAAAGCAUAAUAUGUCAUGCUGUAAAGUAAAAUGCUUUUCUGAUCGGAAAAAUCUAUUUAGGAAGAUGUGGUUAUAUUUUUGUGCUUCCAUUACGAUCAGUUUUAGGAGGUUGUGAAUAUCGCACUGUUAGGACUUAUGCUAGAUGCUGCUUAAAGCUUUAAUAACUAAAAUGCAGCUAAUUGUUUGUUAAUUAUCUUCUUGCUGUUUUUAAUAGCUGCCUUGAGCGCUUUUCUAGUGAAAGAUGGAUAUAAAUUUCUCAAAUAAAACAAAAAUGAAAGGUAAAGCAAAUUCCGUGCGCCCAAGGUUACAUUAGUGGAAAUUCUUCUCUAUCCUCUGUUUACUGAGUAAAGGAGUAAAGGUAAAGGGACCCCUGACCAUUAGCUCCAAUCACGGACGACUCUGGGUUGCGCCGCUCAUCUUCCGGGUCAUGUGGCCAGCAUGACUAAGCCGCUUCUGGCGAACCAGAGCAGCACACGGAAACACGUUUACCUUCCUGCUGGAGUGGUACCUAUUUAUCUACUUGCACUUUGACGUGCUUUUGAACUGCUAGGUUGGCAGGAGCAGGGACCGAGCAACGGGAGCUCACCCCGUUGCAGGGAUUCGAACUCCCAACCUUCUGAUCGGCAAGCCCUAGGCUCUGUGGUUUAACCCACAGCGCCACCCACUUUGUACUCAUCCUAAUUUGCUUGCGAGGAGGUUAAGAUGGCAUUGGCUCAAGCAGCCUUCCAGUCCAAUAUUUUGGGGAAACAGGUUUGUAGCGCAAAACCUCCCAGUCAGCUAUAAUUUUGGAACCUGAAUUUGCAGAUACAUGACCCGAGAACAGCUACAGUCUGGAAGAACCCUCUUGUCUCCUGCUCAUGAGAGGGAUCCAUUGUCGGUAGUUUCUUUCCUGCCUUUCGGAGGACCAGGUUGUCCUUUGUUAUUGUGGUAUGGAAGUGCCAGCCCUCCUCUUUAUUAAAUCUAUCUGCUGGGAUUUCGGGUAGCAGCUAAGCUCUCUUUAAUUGCUUUGCGAUAUCUCGAGCGGCAUGUUGUGGAUUAGGCUCCUCCUGCCCCCACAUCCUGGCACUGACAGCCGGAGACUUGGCAUCUGUCCCCAUUAAGCGAGGAAGACAGCUGCCUCUUAAUUCUCUUCUGGGAACCCACAGCAGUUUUGACAACAGGUAAAGCCACGGCUGCUUCUCGUCCUCUGCGCCACUGCGCCUGGAGUCCUGUCACCUCGCAGCACUGCAGAGGCAGGAAACGGAGCAUCGUGUUGUGACAAGGGGCUUAGCUCAUGUGACUCUGCAUCUGUGCUGCUUGGAUAAUCUCUUUCUCUGAUCCUUUCGGUUUGCAAGGGAGAACUCCCACUGCUGAUUCCCAAGCCCAAGCGCUCGUCCUCAGCUUAUUUCAUGGAGGGGAGAAAUGAUAUAGCUCAGUAUUUUAUCUGUGGGAGAUCUAAUCAGGGUGAUCGGAUGCAAAGGCAGGGGCUUGCGUUCGCUUAAUAGUUCUGCCUGUUUGAGCAGGCACUUGUUUUCUGACCCCUGCAGCAUUUUGGGAUUACAAACUGUACCUGUUGAAAAUCCCUCACCGGCAAUAUUUUAUUACAGUUACAAAAUCCCUGACAGCUUGUGGGCUGGAUAUAACCCCCAAAGCACUUUAUCUGGUCUCUAGUUACCCCGUACUACAUGUUAAUUAUGUUGUGGCAAAGUGUUUGCUAGCAGUUUCACCGGUACGGAAAAUAUUGUUUUCAAAAGCUGUAAGAAACCAGAGGCGGAGUCUCUCUCUGGGUUUCAAAGCCCAUGCUGAUCGAGAGGGUCAACUUUAUUUAUAAAGCCUCAGCAACAAUGAAGACUUGGCAAAACGCCUCUCCUACCCAACCUUGAAAUUACAGGGUGGCUUUAGAGAAUAUAGAAGCAAAGGGUCAUAAUUCAGUGGCAGAGGUACAUGCCUUGCAUGCAGAUAAUCCCAGGCUCCAUCUCCUCCGAAUAAAAAGGUAGCAGGUUUAGAAACAACUUCUAUACGAGGACCAAACUAGAUGUGAUAUUUAUCAUAUGGUUGCCCUGGUGCACUUGAUCUUUAAAAAAUUAAAAUAAAUUGCUGGUACAGCCCAUCCUCGCAAGCCGGAUCAGGACUAUACUGUGUGUGGAGGGGGCCUUAAACCCUUUUCCUCUGCCUUGUUCCCAAUGAGAAUCCACAUAACCCCAUGAGCCCAGGAAGGCGAAGCAAGGCCAGGGAGAGUUUCACAGGAAAGGAUGAGAAGUUGCUUGUGGAUCCAGGGGAGAACAGAAAGAUAGUAUUGGGGGGAUACAGGCAAGGGAAUCACAAUGUCAGAGCGACGAAAACAGGGAUUCAUUUUAGCAGCAGUCCUGGGUAGAUUGAGCAGGCAAAGGUGAGCUAUCGGAAGGCCAGAGAAAAGAUUAUUGCAGACUGUAAUUGUUAUGUACUGAAGUUCUCACCCUGGGCCAGCAGGGGAAAACUGUAGAUAGUUUUCACUCAGGUCCACAUAUGCAAAUAAGGGAUUGAAAGUGACGUUCAGUGAUUGGAUAGUUACAGAACAUGGUUACUGUUGCGUUCUAGUCUAUAUAAGCAGGCUGACUGAACCCUUCAGUUCAGUUCUGUUCUGGCCUUUGAAUAAACAAGAGCUGUUUGUAGAAUCGCUGUGUUGUCUGAUAUGUUCACCCACAACUUAACAGUAAUCACUGGGGGAGAUUAACAGGAGCACGUACCAGAUGUUGCAUCUUCAGUGGUGCAGAACAGGCUAUGCUGGCUCCAAAUAUGAUAGGGCCAAGGAGUGUAAUAGCCCUUGGGGUGUGGUUAGUAUGGGUGUGAGCUCACCUACUAGGUUCGCCAUCUGCGCCUUGUCUCUGCUUUCUAGGCAGCAAUAUACAAGACACCCAGGUACUAGGAUUAGUGAUAUCGCCCAAAAGCGGUUUGAAGUCCAUAUCAUGAUAUCAGUUCCAUAGGUUUUUGCGAAUCAUGAGAAUCAUGAUGUGUAUUAGAGCUGGGCAAUAUAUUGUCCCAAACCAGUUUGAAGUUCAUAUCGUGAUAUUGGUUUCAUAAUUUUUGACCCGGCAAUACAUUGCAGAUCAUUACGUGUGUGGGUGCUGUGCAAAAAAUCACAAUGGGGGGAAAACCGUGAAGCCGGCCAAUGCCUGUACAUAGCUCCAUCCUUAUUUCAGACAUUGUGAUAUAUUGGUGUAUCACGAUGCUGAGCUGGUGAUAUAUCGCGAUGUUGAAAAACCAGAUCCAGCCCAGCCCUACCAGGUACCACACAAGAGGGUUAUUUAUUGCUGUCAUUCAUGAGAAGACAUUUGCUUCUGAAGAACCACAUGGGGCAGCCUCCAGUCCAAGGCCUGCACUAGGAGAGAGACCCUUCCUCCAAAAAGAAACUAAAAUUUGUAGCCAGUAUAAUGUACAGGCACCUAUACACACUGUACUUCACAGUGAGGGGCUAGCUAGUACCUUAUACACUAGCUUUCAGCAUGAUUCGGAAAGACAUGGAGCAUCAGCGAGGUAUAGGCAGUGCAUUACAAAAUGCAGGAGAGCAAUUCUGGCUUCAGCUUGUAAAACAGAGAAAUUCCCUCUAGCCGGACUGACUGAGAUUAGUUGUGAGGGAGAAUUUGCUCUAAAAGAGCCAGCACCUCACAAACACUUUUAGGCAGCAUAUAAAUGUCGGCUUAUAACAAUCAGAGACCUGUAGCAAAAUAUGUGUUUGGCUAUUUCGAUAGGAUAAAUACAACCUGUGCAUCUUCAGCUCCUUGGCUUGACCGCCCUGUUGGCUCCUAGGGAUGCACAGGGAUGCCAGCUAAGGCAACAGAAUAAGCUCCUGGAUGAUGCAAAACUGAUCUCCAGCUGCCAACUUGCAAGAGCUUUUCAGACAUCAGUGAAUGGCACAAUUGACUCCCUUAGAAUGAUUCCUCCUGAUGAAAUUCAUCUGCUAACAAAGCAUCCCUUGAAGCUGACAUCUGCACAGAGAACACAAGAGCACCUCCCAUUUUGUCAUAGGCUGGGGAGCUCUGGAUUCAAGAGAGGAAAGGGUCUUAGCCCAGUGCUUUGCAGGAUAAGGCCCCACAGGUGUACACUCUGAUAAUGUGGGUGGGCAAGAGCACUCCUCAUGAGACACAGAGCAGGUACAGAGUGACAAACACACCACAGCACCUGAAGCCCUGCCAUCGGUCAGCCGGGGUGGAAAAAGGGAGCGAUUUUGUUUAUUCUAUUGCUGUGCCAGCCUGAGAGGCCCUUGGGUGGCCUGUUCAGCUCUGCUUCCCACAAAGACCAAAGUGUCUGGUACUCCCAUCUCUAGAUGCCCCAGUUACAGGUUCCCUGCUGCUUACCACCAGAGAGAGGAUCGCCAGUGAUAGUUCACUCCCCACUUGAGUAGAGGUUGGACCUUCUGCGAGGACCGCAAGCCUAAGACUAGGCCUUGUAUGCCUAGGAAUAGAACAGUGUGUUUUCUUUUGUUUUUCAUUACAUUUUAUUUUGAAAAUAAAUACAGUGAAAUCACUAAUUAAGAGAAAAGGGGGGAAUCAAACUCACUAAUUCCUGGUUUUUUUUUUGUAUAUCAACAUGGGUGGGCUUAUGAGAUAGAGUGAAAACAAAAAGGCUGUGUAGAGACUCACUGGUUGUUACUGACAGUUGUGGGUAUUUGGAUAAGUUAUGUAUCUAUGAGUCAUUUCUUGUUUCUGGAUGGAAGCUGUGGAACAGGCAACUGACGCUUUUAUUCUUCACUCUCUACCAGUCCUGAGCAGCAGAAAUAUACGUACCAAAUGCAGCACACCAAGCAAAAGGCAUAGCCAAUUGGCUGCUGCUAGGGUGGAACAGUUGUGGAACAAUCAAUUGACCCUUUUUAGAUCCAAGGGGCUUGGCCUUAUAGAAAGAAUCCUAGAGGCUUCAACGUAGGAUAGACUGAAGCCCAAAUUCCAGUUUCCUUGGCCAAGACAUUGCUGUUUACCUGAAUGCAUACUGGAAGGUACUCUGUACAAUAAAAAACACACACACAUGCAAUAUUUAUUCUAUUUUACCACCUUUGUAUCAAACCCUUCUGUAAAGGAUUUCAGGGAUUUUCUUUUGUGCAGAGAUUUACCCAAUUUUCUCCUCACAACAAUUCUGUGAGGUACAAAAUGGUAAGAAAGCGUGACUGGCUGAAGGUAGUUCAGCAAGCUUCGUGAAUUGUGACUGAGUGGGGGUUCCAUUCCAAGUCUUCCCCAGUCUGCCCAGUAUGGUAUGUACUGGAUAGGGAUAGCUUGACCACACUUGUCCAUGCAUUAGUAACAUCAUGGUUGGAUUAGUAAGAUCAUGUUAGUAACAUGAUUAGUAACAUCAUGGUUGGAUUAGUAACAUCAUGGUUGGAUGUGGGGCUAUCCUUGAGGUUGGUCCGGAGGCUGAGCUACUGCAAGGUAAAGGAUCCCUGAAUGGUUAAGUCCAGUGACCAGGCUGCUUGUGGGGCAAACUACUGCCAGUAUAUAAUACAGUGGUACCUCGGGUUAAGAACUUAAUUCAUUCUGGACGUCCGUUCUUAACCUGAAACUGUUCUUAACCCGAGGUACCACUUUAGCUAAUGGGGCCUCCCGCUGCUGCCGCACCGCUACCAUGUGAUUUCUGUUCUCAUCCUGAAGCAAAGUUCUUAACCCGAGGUACUAUUUCUGGGUUAGCGGAGUCUGUAACCUGAAGUGUCUGUAACCUGAGGUACCACUGUACGUUGUUUGUAGGAUUUUCACCAACUGCGAAUCUGCCACCCAUAAGGCCCUAUAUUAUCUCAGGACCAGGUUGUGGAGAAGCGAGGAUGCUCAGGAGAGCCUUUCACACUGACUUGCUUGCCCAGCUGCAGCUCAGCAGCUCUGCAGGGCUGCCAGUUGAGUCUUAAUCUAAGGUAGUUGCUGCCAUUAUCCUCCCACUUAUUUCUUGCAGCCAAGGUGCACCUGGGGCGCACCAAAAUUUUGUUGUUUUUCUUAAGGCUUCAAGCCAGUACAGCUGCACUCAUUGGCUCAACCUACACACAAACUUGCUGGGGAAAGCAAGGCUAGCUUCUAGCUGCCUUUGCCCAACCCAAUAUCAAAGCAGCUUGCUCAUUACCCUGGUAGUUCCCCUCCCUAACUUCCCAAAGCCCAGGAACUCUGAGAUCAACUCACCCAGUGUUUCACAAGCAGUUCCCUUACACGUUACUCAGUGUGUAAAGGCAGCCCACAUUUCACAAGUCUUUCCCAGAUCUCAUAAAAAAAAUGGGUUGGUCUCUUACAACUCUGAUCUAAACAGUAGCCUGGAUUCCAGAAUCCCGAGGCUUGCAAUUGCAGAGUUUUAUGGCCUAGUUGUGAAACUUUACUAGAAAGAAAAGGUAGGGGGGAAGCAGGCAGAGGGUGAAAACAGAAUACAAAGCAAACCAGAACACUGUGGCUCUAAAACUGGGCUAAUCCUACCCUACCGACUACAGCAGCUUUUCUCAGCCUUGGGUUCCCAGUCGUCUUGAACUACAGCACCCGAAAUCCAUAGCUUCCCAGUACGAAUCCCUCUCCUUUGGGCCAAAUUUGCCCUCACCUGGUGUUUGAAAGCAGAUCCCAUCUUUACCCCACUGGUACAACUGCAGGGUGUGGCGUCUGGCAGGGAGCCGUGGGCUAAUCUCUGCUUGUGCCCUUUUCCAGGAAACCCCUUCAAAGCACAUAUUCUCUAAGCACGACAACAGGCACGCCUUCCCAGGAUCAGCUACAUAUUUUGAGAACGUGAGUGUGAUUGGUUUCGGGGGGGCAGAGGUGUGGGGGCGGGGAAGGUUUUUUGGCCCUUUUCCUCUUAUGCAGCAAUAGAGCCGGUAGAGAAGUUAAUCAGAGGAGUGCUUGAUUAGAGACACCGGUUUCAUUCCUAAUGUGAUUAGCUCUCCCUUGGCAGGCUCCAGGGCUCCCUCAGGAACUGAUGACACCAACCGGCUGCCUCUGCAAAAGCACUAGUUAAGUGCUCUUAGCUGCACGAAGUAGCCUGAGGCUUUGCCUUACACGUCUAGUGGGUGCCUGUUACACUCAAGCAUUCAGGGUCAGCUGCCGCAGGGACAGGACAGAGCUGGGCAAGGGUUAGGUUCAGCACUGGAGUGCUCCAUACCGCAUCAGGUCCCUUAACUUUCCCGCCCCGACCUGGCCACAGUGAUCCACGUGACGGUCACCUCCAGGCUUGACUACUGUAAUUCGCUCUACGCGGGGCUGCCCUUGAAGCUGUCCCAGAAACUCCAGCGGGUGCAGAAUGCUGCAGCGAGGCUCCUCACGGGGUCUCUGCCAUGGGAGCAUAUUCACCCAGUGCUUUUCCAGCUGCACUGGCUCCCGGUGGAGUACAGGGUCAGAUUUAAGGUGCUGCUUUUGACCUUUAAAGCCCUUCUUCACGGCCUAGGACCCUCGUACCUACGGAACCGCCUCUCCCGGUAUGCCCCACGGAGGACCUUAAGGUCCAUAAAUAGCAACACCCUAGAGGUCCCAGGCCCUAAGGAAGUCAGAUUAGCCUCAACCAGAGCCAUGGCCUUCUCAACACUGGCUCCAGCCUGGUGGAACGCUCUGUCUCAUGAGACCAGGGCCCUGCGGGAUCUGAUUUCUUUCCGCAGGGCCUGUAAGACAGAGUUGUUCCACCUGGCCUUUGGCUUAGAAUCAGUUUGAUUCCCUCCCCCUUUCUUUUUCCUUUCUCCUCCUGUGAAGAGGCUGCAUCCUAAUGUUUUAAUGUUGUAUUUUAAUCUUGUUUUUUUUAAUUGUAUUUUAAUUAACUUGUUUUUAUUCUUGGUUGUUAGCUGCCCUGAGCCCGGUCUUGGCUGGGGAGGGUGGGGUAUAAAUAAAAAUUAUUAUUAUUAUUAUUAUUAUUAUUAUUAUUAUUAUUAUUAUCAUCAUCCUUUGUUAAGGCAGGUGCGCUCCGUAAGAUUCCUCCCUGGCGUUGGGAGGGAAAGUCGACUAAGCUUGAACUCAAAGGUUAAUAUAGCGAAACUACGUUUUCUGAAACAAUAUGAGAACCAAAGCACAGCCAUCCUUUGAAAUUUGCACAUUCGAAUUUUGCAGCGCAGUUCUCCAGCCAACUAAUGUGUAGGGGGGAAAUGCAUAUAUUCGUGAGAAUAGCAUACAAAAUGCGUUAGGAUAAACUGGUUGCAAAAAUGUGUAUAUUAGUAAAAGAAAAACCCUGCACGGAAUGUGUUUAUCAGGAGAAAUUUGCACCAGAAUGCCAAAUAAUUGCAAUUUGUGGCAUAUUGGCUAACUUGUGGGUUACUAUAUGCAGGAUCAAGUACUGAGGGCAGGAGUUUCAGCGUGGUGUGAAGACAGAUUAAAUUUUUAAAAAGCAAUCGCAGAGUUGUGAACCCUUCUUCAAAACUUUUGUGAGAGACGCCAAGCACUUGAUCAGUCGCAUAUUUUGUCCCUCGAUUCCAAGGUAGUUCAACCGUCACUAGUUUCGAUUAAAUGUGGCAAGGGUUUCCUCCAGUGCCCUUCCCUGCUCUCAGAAUAUCGCACCCGUCUUCCACCCUUGGUAACCUCCUGGCUUCUUCUGGUUCUGCGUUUAAAAUGGUGUGCUAGGUGGCUCCUUUCACAGUGCAGGUGUGAACAGUCUGGUCAUUGUUUCCCGGCAGGGCUUAGGAAGGAGGAGAAUAGAGGGAAGCCUUCCCAACACCAAGAACUUAAUUGACUGGGUUCCCUUGAAGGAGGAGUUAAGACGUGAGAGACCCCUCAUCUCAAGCUACCAGUAUGACUUCCACUCCAGAGAAAAGGUCCCCCAGGUGUUAGUUCAUCACUCCCACAGGCAAGGGCAGCCCCUGCAACGCACUCCCAGCACCACCUACCAGCACACUUACCGGAGCUACUCUUUGUAUGAACCCAUCCUCAGGACAUUCAAGCGUGAGGUGGUGAAAGAUGCUGAGCCCACCAAGCCUGUCUCCAGUGAGCCCACCGCCCCUGUCCCCAGUGAGCCCGCCACCGUUCCAGGCUCGUGUGAGCCCACCGCAACAGAUACCAGCAAGACCCCAGAAGCCUUUGCUCCAGGACCCAUUUAUGUGCGCCCUGGCACCCACAGGCCAACCCGGUGGACUGUCUCAGACUGUUUGCACUGGCACAAUUGCUGA